CACGUGUUGGAGAGAGAUGAUGGUAAAGACUGGCACUUUGGAAAGAGACUCUGCAACAGCGCGAUGCCGGCGAAAGCGAAGCCGAAAACGAAUACCCACCACUGUAGUAACAACAACAGCCGUGGCGUCUUGGCGACAUCCCCCCCUCGACGCGCUUCCGCGUAGCCCCCUGCUUGUUGGGGUGGUGGUGGUGGCUCUGCUGGGGUCCGUCGCCGACGCCGUAGGCGGCAGCGGUAGAAGGGGUGGUGAUAGCAGCGUGCCUUGGUGGUAUCCUUCGAGAGACUGGGGACUGCCUUCCGAUGCCGUCGGCAGCGGCGGGGGCGAGGCGGGAGGGGGCGGGGGUUGGACGGGGCUGGGGGUCCCCCGACGACGAUUCAGGGAGGAGGCGAAGCUAGCCGAAGACUCCGUUGCGAGUUGGGUGGCGUCUGGCCUGGCGGAGGAAGAGGAGCGGCAAGGGGGCUCCAUGGUGAUGCCCACGUGCGACGUGCUCGAGGCGGGCAACCACACCCUCAGGAGGCUUGGCGCGAGCGUGGAUAGAUGCGCCUCGCCCUACUACACCCUACCCGAGAUUCACCCCAGCCAACUGGUGUACACCGAGGUUGACCCCGCAGAAGCAGCGGAGAAGCGGGAAAGAGAAGAGCGAGUAGCGGCUCGCCGCAAGAAGAAGCAAGAAGAAGCCAAGAAGAGCAACAGGGGGAGCGCAGGGCAGUCCUCGGGUGAUGGGGAAGAAGAUCACGGGGACGACGACGAGGAGGAGGAUAACUUUCUGGGAAUUUUCCUCUUUCUCAAGGGAGACUUCUUCAGCGUGGAGCUAGAGAACGCACUCACCUCCAUCAUGCCGGCGUACCCACGUGCUUGGGUGGUCAAGGCUAAUGCUCCGUCAUUUUUGAGGUGGAGGAGAGGCCGGGGGGGAGAGAGGCGCGGCGGCGGCGGGUGCCCGGUUUCGGAGAUGGAUCGUCAGGGCUUUGUUUCGAAGUAGGCGAGGUGGGGAUAGGGGGAGAGGUUAGCGAUUUUAGCCGAGAGCUGGCUCUGAGGUUUGUUUGCGGCGGAUACAGACAGCCUUUUUCGUCGACUACUUCCGUGUUUUCGUAUAUACAAAUGCGACCUGUUGUAACAUGGAUGGCGCUUUUUCGCCAUUGGAUAGGAAGAUGGAGAGAGCGCGAUGGGGAGAUGCAGAGAUAGGUGAGGGAGAGGAGGGUAGGGCAUGCCCUUUUCAAGCCAGUCAACCUUGAGAUCUUGGUGUUCUUUUCCCCGUCAUGCGGUACUUUGAAAAAUGCCAACCCGACCUCGGACUUUCGUCGUGUUUGGUAUUUGGCAUGUAUAGUGCGUGCAAAACGUGUGUGCAGAUAACAUGUUUGUGGGUGUAUAUGCUCCGGUUUUUGUAGCUGCGGUGGAUAGAUCGCACUCUCGCCGACCGGAGGACCAGUCGCAACAACAAUUGUGUGUAGCAUAUUUUCUGAGAACGCCACAGCAGUGGCAAGCAAUGACGGACGGACAAAAGAAAGCGCCCGCACUCAAGAACCUCUGGUAUGCAUACUAGUUUCGGAUGAGGCUUGGGGUUCUUAGUUCAUCUUGUGGGCUACAAGUGGCCGCCGAUAUGUAGGUUGUAGUGUACGGGUUCUUCACCGAGCUCACGAAUAGUGCCUAGUUCUCAAGCACGGCCGCUGUUUUCCUGUCUGGGACGGAAGCUGGAAGCCGCAACUUGAUUGAGCGGUCAAAGGGUGUCUUGGACGCGGUCUACAGCAGUAGUCACUCAAGGGUGUAGGCCUCGCGCCUGUCUCUCCGUGACAAC